UUUACAAAUCUAUUAGUAUACCUAUGUUUGAUAGUAGUUUUGAAGCAACAUUUGUACACAUAUCAUUUAACAGUAAAAGUUUGGUUAUUGCAGCAGCAUAUAUUCCACCGGGUUAUACUUCUGACUAUGUUACUGAUUUUCUAGAUAAUAUUAAUUGUACUUUGAGUAACUACAUAGAUCUAUUGUCCUUGAUUGAUAUUGUUCUCUUGGGUGAUUUUAAUCUACCAGGUUUCAAAUGGAGUUCUGUACAGAAUGUGUCACAAGCUACUGGUUCUCACCUAAAUGUCAAUAUUCGUGAAGCCGCUGUAAUUUUGAAUAGAUUUUGUAAUUUUCAUAAACUUGCUCAAGUUAAUGAUUAUAUUAAUAUAUAUGGUAAUACUUUGGAUUUAGCCUUCACGAAUAUUGAGAAUGUAGAUGUGGAUGAAUGUUUUGAUACAAUUUUUGAUUGCGAUGUGGCUCACAAGUGUGUAGUAUUUACGGUAAAGAUGGCAUGUAUUAGUAAGUUACGUUUUACUGAUUAUAUCUGUGAUUUUAAGAGAGCGAAUUUCAUUGAAAUUAAUAAAUGCCUAAAUGACUGUAGCCUCAUUGAUGAAAUCGAUAAUUGUCUAGAUGUUGAGGAAGUAGUUGACAAAUUGAAUGUUUCUAUUAGCUUACUGGUGGACAAGUUCAUACCAAAGUUCAUAAUUAAAUCUAGUAAUUAUCCCAAAUGGUUUUCAUCUGAGUUAAUUAGGUCAAUUAAAUGUAAAAAAGAACUGCAUAAGUUAUAUAAGGAAUAUAAAUCUGAAUAUUACUAUAAAUUAUUCUGUAUUGAGCGUACUAAAUGUAAGAAUUUAAACAGAAUAGAUUAUAAGAAGUAUAUGAGUAAGGUUGAAAAUGCUGUGAUAGAUGAUAGUAGUUACUUUUUUAGUUAUGUAAAUUCAAUUAGGAAGAAUUGCGAGUUUCCCUCUACUGUUUUUUACCAUGAUGUGAAAGCUGAUACGGGUCAAGAUGUAGUCAAUUUGUUUGCAAAGAAAUUUGGUAGUGUAUAUACAGAUCUUGACCUGUCAUCAACGGACAUAAAUUAUGAAUUUUCUGAUAGUUUCUAUGAGAUUAUAUUUAAUGAGACUGAAGUACUCGAAGCAAUAAAUAGUGUGGAUGUCAAGUCAGGUCCUGGACCUGAUUUAAUUCAUCCACUUUUAUUGACAAGCUGUCCUGUUUUUUUCACUAGGCUACUUACGGCUCUUUUCAAUAGGUCAUUAGCAAGUGGGUGCUUUCCUAGACAAUGGAAAACAUCAUUCAUUACCCCAUUGCAUAAAGGUGGUAAUAGAGCAGAUGUAAAUAAUUAUAGACCUAUUGCUAAACCAAGCGUUAUUGCCAAGAUUUUUGAUAAAUUGGUACAUCAUCGACUGCAAUCAUAUCUGGUAAUAUACAUUAUGCCAGAUCAGCAUGGUUUUAUUAGUGGCAGAUCUGCUACUACUAAUUUGAGUGUUUACCUAGAUUAUUUGGUUGAGAAUAUUAUGAACGGUCACAUAAUUGACGCAGUUUACACUGAUUUUGUGAGGGCUUUUGACAUGGUAAAUAUCUCUUUGUUGGUUAGGAAAUUGGCUGCAUAUGGUAUCAGUGGUGUCUUAUUGAAUUGGUUGCGAUCGUUUUUGUCUGAUAGAAUUCAAAGAGUAAAAGUUAAGAAUUAUAUAUCUGACCCGAUAUUUGUGACAUCGGGUGUUGGACAAGGCACGCUAUUUAGGUCCGUUGUUGUUUAUACUAUUUAUAAAUGACAUCGUUAUGUCAGUGAAGCACUCAAAAGUAUUACUUUUUGCAGAUGAUUUGAAAGUUUAUAGAGUCAUUAGAAAUUUAAGAGAUAGAGAAUUAUUGCAGAUUGACAUAGUCGCGUUAUAUUAUUAGUGUGUAAAGAAUGGAUUGUUAUUUAAUAUUGAUAAGUGCUUCUUUAUUACAUUCUGUAGGGCACCUACUGCUAACAUUUUUCAAUAUAACAUUAAUGGAAUAGCACUGCAAUGUGUGAGGUUCAUUAGGGAUUUGGGUGUUAUGUUCGAUGAAAAGUUGAGUUUCGAGAUGCACAUUGACUUUAUUUGCGAAACUGUUAAAAAGAGAAUAAACUUUAUUAAACGUUUUACUAAAGAUUUUGUUGAUAAGACGUCUUUUAAAACAUUGUACUAUACGCUUGUUCACUCAACCUUAACUUACUGCUCUGUAGUUUGGAAUCCGUACCUUAAGUAUCAAAUUGAUAAACUUGAGAGAGUGAAUCAUAUUUACUUGAGGUAUGUUGCGUAUAAGUUAAACAUGCCUAUGAGUAUUGUUGAGCAUGAUUACAGUGCUAUUGCCUCCGCGUUGGCAAUACCUAGUCUUGAAUCUGAUCGUGUUAGGAUCGAUAUUAUAUUUGCAUAUAAAUUAUUAAGUAACAAAAUAGAUUGUAGUGCAUUACUAAGCAAAUUUAAUAUCUAUAUUCCUAGUCGUAGAUUAAGAAAUAAUGAUAGGUAUUUUUUCAUUAAUGUUUCGAAAAGUGAUUUCAUUAAGAGAUCACCUAUUGAGCGUAUAUCGAGAUUGCUUAAUUCUCACUCCAAUUGGUUAGAUAUUUACAACAGUAGUCUGUCUAGAGUUAAACUCGAUUCACGGCGGAUUAUUCAUGUUUUUGAGUAAUACCUAAAUAAUUAGUAAUACAUAUUUCCGAUUUACUAUGCUGUAACUUGAUUUUUUAUUGUAUUUGCAUUUUUUUAUUAUUAGAAUAUAAUUUGUAAUUUUUUUUGUUAUGUUUCUGUAUCAUGGGCAUGCCCGUUAAACGGAAAAUAAAUAAAUAAAUUAUUAAACUUA